CAAAGCUGCCGCAAAGCCCCAUCCAUCCUCCGGGGCUUUUUUUCACAAACGCUGUUUGCUUCAUGCUCCAACAACACCAGCUGAACCGAACCAUCGACAAGCUUUAAAAUAAAUAAAUAAGUAGAUAACUGGGCUGCGGGUCAAGAAUUUUAACCCCUAAUCCUCCACAGGGGAAGGACAGACAAAGCGGUAAGGCUGCAGAGGAAAUGCGAGCAGGUUUUAGUGAUACUUUCAAUGCGGUCGGGUCUCCAGCCGACUGGCUCGUCGCAUCCAGCCCGGUCCGGCCGCGCUGAUGCCGCAGCGGCUUCUAGUCUUCACAUCCAGCACCGCGGGACCACAGCAGACUAGAGGUGAAGUCCACGGCGCUCCGGACUCCCACACAGACGAAGGACGCCGCUGAACGACAGCCUGCAUUCGCCUUUUUUCCCCCUCUCUAGCGUCUCCGUGAAGGAUCAGCCUACCGAGCGAAGUCACCGUCUGCAGGAAGCAGCGUCAGGAUGGCGGCUGUGGUGAACUACUCGCCGCCCUGGUGGGUGAAUCUGCUCCAUCGGUUGCCUCAUUUCAACUUAGAGUUCCAAACGGUGAGCAGCGACUUCAGACCGGAAGACUCAGAGUAUCAGAAGUCGAUUUUGCUCAUUGGUGCCGUGGCUUUGCUGUGUUUGGGCCUGGACCUGAUCUUCCUGCUCAUCUACUCCUUUUGGCUUUGCUGCCGAAGAUGCAAGAAGGAAGACCCGUCACAUUCCCAUUCGCACUCCCAUCAGCCCACUGCCGACUGCUGCUGCACCGCGUGGUGCGUCAUCAUCGCCACGCUAGUCUGCAGUGCUGGAAUUGCUGUUGGAUUCUAUGGAAACGGGGAGUCGAGUGAUGGAGCCAGUCGCCUGGCAUACUCCCUUCGUCACGCCAACCGCACCGUAUCUGGAGUGGAGAAACUGGUGACAGACAAUGCCCUAGCCUUAAACCAGACAGUGGAGGAGAACCUGGCCCAGUUAGAGACAACCUUUCAGGAGCAGACGGACUAUGUGGCCAUCGUCCAGAAGCUGCAAGGACAGUUAGAUGAGCUGGUUAGGCUGAUGGUGGAUGUCCCCUUCUGGUCCAACACUGACAUCUCCCUGGAGGACUUAGCCCAAAAAACAGAGGCCUUUGACUUUUACAGGUGGUUGGGUUAUCUUGCUCUGCUACUGUUUGACGUCCUCAUCUGUCUGCUGGUCCUCUUUGGUCUCAUUCGCAACUCUCGGGGCACUCUGAUUGGAGUUUGCUUCCUUGGGGUUCUGACUCUGAUAAUCAGCUGGGGUUCUCUGGGCCUCGAGCUGGCUGCCGCUGCUUCAGCCAGUGACUUCUGCGUCUCUCCAGAUGCCUACAUCACCAGCGUGACCAAAGAAAACGCAGUCAUCGAUCAAGAAAUCCUGCAGUAUUACCUGAGGUGCAGCUCUGGAAAAGUGAACCCUUUCCAGCAGAGGCUGUCAGGAAGUCACAAAGCUUUGGUGGAGAUGCAGGAUGACGUGGCAGAACUACUGAGAUCAGCAACACGUGAUUAUGCUACCGCCAAGGAGAAUCUUGAGCAAAUCCAGUUGGUGCUGAAUUCUACCGAGGUCGGCCUCCACCAGCUGACCGCCCUGGUUGACUGCCGCAGCCUACAUAUGGACUACGUCCAGGCUUUGACGGGGCUGUGUUACGAUGGGGUCGAAGGUCUUAUCUACCUGGUUCUGUUCUCCUUCGUCACUGCCCUCAUGUUCUCUUCUAUUGUGUGCAGUGUGCCACACACCUGGCCAAGGAAGAGGACGGAUGACGAGGACGGAGAAGAUGAGUCGGGCGCCUCACGCGGCGUGCACGAUAACCUGUACCGCGUUCACAUGCCCAGUCUCUACAGCUGUGGCUCCAGCUACGGUAGCGAAGCUAGCCUGCCCGCCACAGCGCACACUGUCAGCAAUGCCCCCGUCACUGAAUACAUGAGCCAGAACGCAAACUUUCAGAACCCCCGGUGUGAGAACACCCCCUUGAUUGGCAGGGAGUCCCCUCCACCCUCUUACACCUCCAGUAUGAGAGCAAAGUACCUGGCCACCAACCGACCGGAGCAGAACCGCCGCUCGGUUCCCAACGACCAACUGGAUCCAGCGAGUCGGCCUAACCCUGCAGCCCGACCUCAGUCCUCCGUCCACUAGAGACAAAUUCAACGCAGCACUGCCUCAAUUUGUGUUCUCACAGCCAACAGCAAGACCCAACACAGCGCUCAGGCCGGAGCACGGCUAAGUGCUUUUAAGCUCCGGCAGGACCCCACAUCGCAAAGUCCUCAGAAUCUCCCUAAAACGGUACCAGAAGCAACACCUCCUGCUCUAAAGGGUAACUGUUUUGACGUCUCCGCCACCUCUAUGAUGAGUCGCUCCCGUUCCCCUCUGCACCUUCUUCCCUCUGAUAUCUCCCGUUCCGAUGGGAUCUGUUCGCUGCCUUGCCAGUCAGUUUACCCCCCCCUCAACUCCUGGACACCUUUACAUUUAAAUAACACACACAGUGUACAUACAAAGCUGUAAAUAGUGCAACAUGCGCUUUAUUCUGAUUUCAUUAAGAGUUAGACUGUUUAAUCCUUCCUGGUUAUGUGGUGUGCUUCGUGUUCAUCAUGGAAACUCUUUGCUGUAUUUCUUACACAAACACACACAAACUGGCGGAUAAACUAACUGAAGCUCAUGUGUAUAAAUAAGCCAGUGACUCAGAAAGCCAUGAUAAUAGAUAGAAACCUAGCUGUGCCGCCACACACAUUCCCUCUUUGACUCGCCGUUUAGGACUUGAGUCGGUGCGUCUACAUCUUGUUUACGUGCCCCGUCUGCACACGCAUUGAUUAAUGCAUUUUGAAGUCAUUGAACCUGGAGCCCUGUUGUGCAACAAAUCAUCUCGGAAGCGGACGCUGGAAAGCACGGAUGCAGAUAGGCUCAACUAGUGCCAAAUAAACUGACAAAUAAAAAUAGAAGAUGCCUGAUUCUGUUGUCGUCCCACUGCCUUCGGAUGACGCAUAAAGGGAAAACAUGGAAGGGGCGUGAGUCGUGCAGCUGUCAGUGAUGUGGGAGCGGAUACUUGGAAGGUGAAUGGACAGACAUGUUGGCGAUUUUAAAACUUGUAAGGUGCUAUUUAAAGCUGUCAAAGUCUCAAAAGGUCAAGUAGAGAAGGACGAAAGUUCUAUUUCCAUUUUGGGUUGUAAUGAUGGGACAUAUAGUGCCUCGUAAAGGUGUUCCUAGCUCUUCAAGCUUUUCCCCUUUAUAACCACAGACGUCAGUGUAUUUGAAUGGAUUUUAUUUGACAGACCAACAGGAAAUUAAACAUCAAACUGUGUCUUUUUGCAAAUGCAAAAUACCCCAAGCUCAAUCAGAUUGAAUAGUGAACAGACAUUUUUAAGUUUCACAGCAACUAAACGGCACCUGCUGGAUUUUCUGGGGUUAAGCAGCUGCCUCUGCCUUACAUUUAACCAAUGGGAACCUUCCAGGUGACAUGUACCUGUUCUGUCCCGAUGUUAAAUUUAAGUCUUAUCUAACAAGAGGCACCUUCUACCAUAAUUUGGCAUUGAUCCCUACACAAUUUAUCUUCCUAAAGCUGUUGGUUCACUAAUUUUCUCUAAUAAACUUCAGUGGACUUCCCAGGAAAUCAUUAUUUAUGAGAUUAUAUGACCAGAAAAUAUAAAAUCCAGUAUUACUUUUAUAUUAAUUCACAAUCGCGUCUUACUUUGCUUUGGUUUGUCAUGAAUCUCCACUGAAAUACAUUGAAGUUUGUGGCAAAUUGAUCAAAUGUGAAAAAAAAAUCCAAGGGGUCUGCAAUAUGAGGCACUUCAGCAAGCACGUUUGACUGGAUCAAACACUUUUCCUUUAUAUCUGCUAUAACAUGAAGAUCUAAAGUAAAUCAGGAGGAUUUGUUUUUUUUAUGCAAAAUACUGUGACCAGCUGUAGUUAUUAUUUUCUUUAUGUUCUUGUAUCCUUCCUUUUUCAGUUUGAUACAGUAUAUACUUUUUUUUUUUUUUGCCUUGCACCACAGUGAAUUUUUUUUUUUCUUUAUCAGUCAAGCACAAAUUCUCCGGGAGUCGACUUUACAAGAUGGGGAAUUUAAAACUCACUGCCUGGGACACUGCCAUGUGGCUUUUCCUCCUGCUCUAAAACUGUACAGUGUAAAGACAGAAACAGAAAAAAACAACAAAAAGAAAAAAGCUGUAGUUGUGAAUCUGUGUGUUUUACAUCUCUGCAGCGUGAUUGGCUAACGCUCUUAUCUCAGUGUUACUCUGUGCGAGUACAGUCCAUCAGUGUUUUAGCCAGCCUAAAUAGCCUGAGUCACGUCUACAUCACAGCAGCCCACACACAUUGCCGUAGAUGUUCUUAUACAUGCUUCAUAGGUACAUUUACACAUUAAAAUCUCUCUUUCCAUCAUUUUUUCCUGUUUCCAUCAGGAGCUGUAGUAACUGCACGAUCUCAUCGCACUGAUUUGCAUCAUAGGUGACAUAUUAGGUAUAGAUGGAGUUUCACGAUGAGCAGCCUGACAUUCGUAGGUGUUUUCACCCCCACCGUUCUUAUAAAGGAUUCUAAUCUUGUCUGCUUGAAUUAAUCAAUGACAAAUUCUCGGAUCAGCGAGACAAUCUAACAUUUGUGGUUCUACUAGAAGGAAAUAUCCAUGUCGAGAUAAUGCUACCUAUGGUCUAAGACUUUACUGUGUUUUCUUGCACCAGUAAUGGAAACAAUGUUAUGAUCUUUGGGUCACUGAUGAGUGGCCUCUCAUGUUUAAAUGCUCUUUAAACACUUAAUAUGUUUUUUUUUAUUUUUAUUAUUAUUUCUUCUGUCUUGUAAAAAAAAGACUUUAGAGAUGGAAUAAUCACUAGCUGUUUUUUUUAGGGGGAUAACGAACAUUGUUUUUCCUUUGCAUUAAUUGUGAAUGAUUUUCUGUAUUGCAAUGUUUUAAUUAUUCCAGUGUUUUCUGCUCACCUGAAUCAUCAGCUGUAUCUGAAGUUCUGUGCAGCGCUCAGUGCUUGGUUUCAGGGAGGAUCUGGAGCCACGCCUGUGAUUA